CACGCUGUAGUGCUGCUGCUGUCACGAGCUUGAUCCCAGGGAGCGGGGUAAAAGACUUGGAGAAUUACAACACGCGGAAAUUCUAAGAUAUACUGUACUUCCUUUUGCCACACGAUAAAAAACACCAUAGCUACGCUUUCUAUCGGUAGGCGGACAACAAACAGUAAAGUGUUGUUGUUUCGCUCAACCGGUGAUGUAUUGCAGCAUUUGAACGCUAUCGCUAGCCAGCCAGCCAGCCAGCCAACCAGCCAGCCAGCUAGCUAGCUAGCUCGCGCUUCAGCUAGCCGUACGCCGCCUGUGACUCGAGGACAACUUAACAGCGUAUUCUCGUGCGGUAUUUUCAUCGACGCCCCCAGUUUUUGCAAUUGUUACGCUGGUCCGCAAGACAUCAAGGCCGCGCGAAGUGUUAAAAUAUCGAGUACAUUCCUACCGUAGCCGUGUGUCGUGUUCUUCGCGUUUAAUCCUCGCUCGAGGAGGAUUGAAUGAAAUAGCUUGACAUAUAGCCAGCGUAAAGGUGCCAGUUAACGGGGAGCUUUAUUUACCGUGCUUCGCCUUGCUCACCGACAUUCAGCGAACCUUAUGAUCAAUGCCAUCUAGCCUCCCACAUACUCAAAGCAACAUCACCAGAAAACACGAAAUCACAAAGUUUUCUCUUUUUUAACGAUCGACGGACAGCGCUAAGUAGCUAGCUCGUCCCCCACUUCCAAGUUGCCCAUCGUCCUCUUCAUCGAAGAAGCUGACCAACAGCGGAUAUUUUUUACUUUCAGGCCGAGUGAAAACCUGCAAAAAUGCCGGCUGUGUCGAAAGGAGAUGGAAUGCGCGGAUUAGCCGUUUUCAUUUCGGAUAUAAGGAAUUGUAAAAGCAAGGAAGCCGAGAUCAAGAGGAUCAAUAAAGAGCUGGCCAACAUUCGCUCCAAAUUCAAAGGGGACAAAGCUCUUGAUGGCUACAGCAAGAAGAAAUAUGUCUGCAAGCUGCUCUUCAUCUUCCUGCUUGGCCACGACAUUGACUUCGGACACAUGGAGGCCGUCAACCUGCUGAGUUCCAACAAAUAUACAGAAAAGCAGAUUGGCUACCUGUUCAUCUCCGUCCUGGUCAACAGCAACAGCGAACUGAUCCGCCUGAUUAACAAUGCCAUCAAAAACGACCUGUCCAGCCGCAAUCCUACUUUCAUGUGCCUGGCGCUUCACUGCAUCGCCAACGUGGGCAGCCGGGAGAUGGCGGAGGCCUUUGCCAGUGAGAUCCCUCGCAUCUUGGUCGCUGGGGACACCAUGGACAGUGUCAAGCAGUCAGCCGCCCUGUGUCUGCUGCGGCUCUAUAAAACUUCUCCGGACUUGGUGCUGAUGGGGGAAUGGACGUCCCGCGUGGUGCACCUUCUGAACGACCAACACAUGGGUGUGGUUACAGCAGCCAUUUCUCUUAUCACCUGUUUGAGCCAGAAGAAUCCAGAUGAGUUUAAGACCUGCGUUUCCUUGGCAGUGUCUCGACUUAGCAGGAUUGUCUCAUCAGCCUCCACCGACCUACAAGACUACACCUACUACUUUGUCCCCGCCCCCUGGCUGUCUUGCAAGCUGCUGCGCCUGCUGCAGUGCUACCCCCCUCCUGAAGAUGGUGCGGUGAAGGGCCGUCUGGUGGAGUGUUUGGAGACCAUCCUCAACAAGGCGCAGGAGCCACCCAAGUCAAAGAAAGUACAGCACUCCAAUGCCAAGAACGCGAUCCUCUUUGAGGCCAUCUCCCUUAUCAUCCACUAUGACAGUGAGCCAAAUCUGCUUGUGCGAGCCUGCAACCAGCUGGGUCAGUUCCUGCAGCACAGAGAGACGAACCUGCGCUACUUGGCUCUGGAAAGCAUGUGUACGCUGGCCAGCUCGGAGUUUUCUCAUGAAGCGGUCAAGACGCACAUUGAGACCGUCAUAAACGCGCUCAAGACUGAGCGGGAUGUUAGUGUUCGACAAAGGGCAGCAGAUCUGCUGUACGCCAUGUGUGAUCGCAGCAAUGCCAAGCAGAUUGUAGCCGAGAUGCUCAGCUACCUCGAGACGGCCGACUACUCCAUCAGGGAAGAGAUGGUGCUCAAGGUAGCUAUCCUGGCCGAGAAGUACGCCGUUGAUUACUCCUGGUACGUCGACACCAUACUCAACCUCAUCCGCAUAGCUGGCGAUUAUGUCAGCGAAGAGGUAUGGUACCGUGUCAUCCAGAUUGUCAUCAACCGCGAUGAUGUGCAAGGCUACGCUGCCAAGACGGUCUUUGAGGCCUUGCAAGCCCCCGCCUGUCAUGAGAACAUGGUGAAAGUCGGAGGCUACAUUCUCGGAGAGUUUGGUAACCUCAUUGCCGGCGACCCCCGUUCUAGCCCCCUGGUGCAGUUCAACCUUCUUCACUCCAAGUUCCACCUCUGCUCCGUGCCGACCCGUGCCCUGCUGUUGUCGGCCUACAUCAAGUUUAUCAACUUGUUCCCAGAGACCAAGGCCACGAUUCAGGAGGUUCUUCGCUGCGAUAGCCAGAUUCGCAACUCUGACGUGGAGCUCCAGCAGCGUGCCGUGGAGUAUUUGAAGCUCUCUUCUAUCGCCAGUACCGAUGUCUUGGCCACUGUUCUGGAGGAGAUGCCUCCUUUCCCUGAGAGGGAGUCUUCAAUUCUGGCUAAACUGAAGAAGAAAAAGGGGCCCGGUGCCGUGUCGGUGACAGACCUGGAGGACAGCAAAAGGGAGGCUGGGGAGCUGAACGGAGGUGGUGAUCGGGCUCCAGACGCAUCAGCGAUGGUUGCCUCCAAUGCUUCCACCCCAUCACCAUCAGCGGACCUCCUCGGGAUUCGAGCCGGGCCGCCCGUUGGCACCGCUCCAACCGGUGCUGGCAGCCUAUUGGUGGAUGUGUUCUCUGAAGCGGGGCCCGCCGCACCCUCUGCUGCGGUUCACGACGACGGCUUUCUGAGAGAUCUGGAACAACCCACCGAGACCUCUGACUCCUUAUUGGUGGAGGGUUCUGGUGACUCGGACUCUGCUCCUCCCUCUGAGGAUCCCGCUCCCCCUCUGUCUGAGGCCGAUGAACUCCUUAACAAGUUUGUGUGCAAGAACAACGGUGUUUUGUUUGAGAAUCAGCUCCUCCAGAUUGGCAUCAAGUCGGAAUAUCGUCAAAAUCUUGGGCGGAUGUACUUGUUCUAUGGGAACAAGACGUCAGUGCAGUUUGCCAGCUUCGCCACCACGGUCAGCUGUGCGGGGGAGCUCCAGCCACAGCUUAACGUUCAAACCAAACCGGUGGAACCACUGGUGGAGGGAGGCGCCCAGAUCCAGCAGGUCCUCAACAUCGAGUGUCUGACUGACUUUUCCGAUGCGCCGCUACUUAACAUUAAGUUCAGAUAUGGAGGCGCUCUGCAAAACUUGACCCUCAAGCUGCCCGUCACCAUCAACAAGUUUUUUCAGCCUACUGAAAUGUCCUCCAACGAUUUUUUCCAGCGUUGGAAACAGCUUAGCCAGCCUCAGCAAGAAGCACAAAAGAUUUUCAAGGCCAACCACAGCAUGGACACAGAAGUACUCAAGGCUAAGCUACUGGGCUUAGGAGCGGCCUUGCUGGACAAUGUCGACCCAAACCCGGAGAACUACGUGUCUGCUGGAGUGAUCCAGACCAAGGGUCAGCAGGUUGGCUGUCUGCUAAGACUGGAGCCCAACGCCCAGGCGCAGAUGUACCGCCUGACUCUGCGCUGCAGCAAGGACUCCGUGUCGAGGCGCCUCUGUGAGUUGCUGGCCCAACAGUUCUAGAAUGGCCGGAGUUGCAGAACUUUAUCUCGACCAGUACUCCCACCUGCCCCCCACCAGCGAGCCCUUCCCUCUCCCUCUCAAGCCACAGUUCUCUUCCUCCUCUCCCAACAAUAAGGUUCUUUAUUACAAACGACAACAAGAAGAAGGUGUAACCUACAGAAGGGAAAAAGUGGUCACCGUUAGCAGCGGUGACCAUCUUAUUGUCAUUAUUCUAAUUCAAGUUCAUCUUCGGUUUGUUGAUUAACAUAAUGCUACAUUAUCGUUUUUUCUUUAUGGUGUUUACCUGUGUAGCUGGUGUGUGCGUGCAGCCCACAGUGUGCUGUGGUCCUAUUCUGCUUUCUCCUGGCUGUUGUGUAUUCCCGAUGCUCUAUGUACAGUGCGUGUGCGUGUUUGUUUGAUUUCUUGCCAUCAAAUGGAAGAUCAUUCCUUGAAGACAAGCGGGAGACAGUAUUCAUCAGCCCCAUUCUCUCACGUCUCAUUCACAUUGACACGAGCGGUUCCCUCUGACCCUCGUCGGGUCCCAUAAUGAGGGUCCAGCACUCUCAUUUCAAGCAUUCCCCAUGAUCACAGGCCAGUCUAGUUGCACUUAAAGGCUUUUGGGAUCCUCUGUGAGAGCCUCCGGCAUGAGGCCCCCCCCCCUCCCCUUCGUACCCAUUAGUGUGAAUCGGCGGAAUCCUCUCUAAGGAGUAACCCCACAUUUCAAUGACCUAGAUGGUUUGUUUGUUUGACGUGUCUGUAAAUAUGCGGCAGUGUUUGACUCGAUUGCUUUUGUAGACAUUCCCAUCUGGCCAUUGGCUUCGAUCAUCAAGCCCAGGCUGCUCAAUGGCAGCAAAACGGCAUGGCGGGUGACUGACACGGGCUUGACUUUUUCACAGUUGCAACAGUAAGAAGGACUUCUCUCGGCCGCUGUCCAGCUGGAACAGUCAAAGCUGCUCGACGAGCCUCCCUCGGCAUUGUUUAUGGAGUGAGACCCAUUUGUCUUUUUGAGACACGCCUUCUCCAUUUUUCUAAAGCUUCGCUUCCUACGAUACCAUCUUCAAAUGCUGUCUUUUGGCCAUCAGAUAAGACGGUCCUUGUGAUGCUAAGUACGCUGAUAUUGAUUUGAUGCACCGCUCCAAAGUACAUCCGGAACAUUCUCUCUAUGAAGGCAUGCGCUGCUGCAAUAAGUGCAACACAAACAGUCAGGAAUCAGGGCCCCUUGUCUUUGAGCAAUCCAUGCACCUCCAAAUAUUUCGGUCACACAUCCACAGCUUUGAUCUUCUUUAUUGGCGCUAGCGACGUCAUGGAAGGCUAAAUUAGAGUUGUCAUCAUGCAUCAUAACGGCAGCGGAUCAGAAGAAGAAAUCCUUUAAACAUUUCGGGGACAUCGUCACAUGACAAGCUGCGGCUGCAGAGAAAUCGCAAAAUAUUGGAGUGGAAAGCCUAGUCCAUCCUUUUUUUGGGGGCGGGGGGUCAUUCUGUGAGUGUGUGUUUGUGUGUGUGUGUCUAUGCAGUAUCCACUAGCUAAAGCAGCCUCAUGUAUUGAUGUUUAAAAAAGAAAAGAAAUGUCCACUACCUGUGUUAGAAUUAAGAUUUACUCUGUAUUGAAAAAUGUGAAAGUAAAACUACGCCAUAUAUCGAAAA